UGAUAUGACUUCUGUGAUUCACGCUUCUUUAUCGGUUUUAUUCCAACCGCCAAACUGUUGCAAAUAAGAGCAUGUGCAGCACUAUGGAAUAUGAAGAGAGUUACAUGUUGCAAGACAGAGCACAUGGAGUAGUAUGAAAGUGGGAAAAUGAAGAUUCCACGUUUGAAAAGCCAUUUCAGAGCUAGAUCUCGUGGAUGGAAGACACGGAAUAUUAUAUCACUAUUUCUAUCCGGAAUUAUAUGUUAUGCAUUAAGCAAACGACUGAAAUUAAGCAUUAGAAAUCAUGGUGAUAUUCCAUCAAUAAAUUUAAAAAGGAAUGAAAUUGGAAGAACCAGAGUCUAUCAAGAAAAACAUGAUUUAUCAGACAAUAUGAACGCCAUUGAAAACUAUGUAAUUCGACCUCCGAAAAUUAUCGUUGAAGACAAAAAAGAUGGUAUAAUUGAAGAAAUAAAAACAGAAAAGUCCAAAACGAUUAAAAAUAUUGACAUGAAGCAAAAGAGCGCAAAGGAAAAAGUCGAGAACUUUUCUUCGCUAAAAGACACCCGACCGCCUAUUAUUUUAGUGUGGAAAGCCAUGGAAUAUCAAAUGAGAAAUUACCUGAAACAUCUGGAAUAUUUUUCUCCGAAAGAAUGUGGAGGAUGCCAGGUGACGACAAAUAGAUCACUUGUUAGAGAAUGUUCAGCCUUGGUUCAUUUCAAUGCACCGGAUUUACAAAAAUACAUGGAUGUACCUGAUCCAAAAACCAGAAAUCCCGACCAGAUCUACGCGUUCUGGUCUCGUGAGACUCCAUCAAAAACAUACAAGUUCAGAAAGACGUUACAAGAUCCCCGAUUUGAUCCCAUAUUUAAUCUGACAAUGAAUUUUCGUGUAGAUGCUGAUAUCAUAGAUUAUUUUGGAAAUAUUGAGUACGAGCUAAGAUUUUUUCAAACUAAGAAUCGGGACGGGAUUUGGUUGAAGAAGAUAAUGAAGCGAAAGAACGGUCUUGCUAUUUGGGCUGUCAGCAAUUGCAACAGUACAUAUGGCGCUACAGAAAGAAUGAAAUACGCAAAAUCAUUAAUUGAAGCCGGACUGAAUCUAACAACAUAUGGGGAUUGUUUUAAUAACAGAUAUCAAUCGAGAACUAUGACCCAAGAAAUAAUGCGGCAUAGAUUUUAUCUAUCUUUCGAAAACUCAGUUCACUGCCCUGAUUAUGUUUCGGAAAAAUUCUGGAGAAACGGCUUCCGAGGGGGAGCAGUUCCCAUAGUUUGGGGACCCCGACGCGAGGACGUUGCUAAACAAGCCCCUCCGCAUUCGUAUAUCCAUACUGAAGACUUUGAAACACCAGAAAAGCUAGUCAAAUAUUUGAAUUAUUUGAAUACAAAUGAUACAGCAUAUAAAGAAUAUCACUCUUGGAGAUUUCGACCAGUUGACAAUACAAUUUCUGAAUAUGAUAUUGAACCAAAUCACAAAUCAACACUGUGCAGACUUUGUAAGAAAAUUUUCGAAAAACCACGAAUUCACAAAACGAUUCCAUCCGUUUAUAAGUGGUUGUAUGAAACACGAUAUUCAGAUGAUCUUUGUUUCAAAUAAAUUGUAUAUACUACUUUUUAGUGUCGUCAUGAAGUAAGUUUUAUAAAUACACCCUACUUAAUCAAGCUUUACAUUUAUAUAAACAAUGAAUGGAUACGCAACUCUGACCUAAAAGAUUCCAUUUUUUCUAAAAAUUGUGGCUCUUUACGUACCAUUGCCAGCUUGUUUACAGCUUAUUUCAAAGAAAAGGUGUGAACUUGUCGCGCUAUCGAUAGUUUGCAAUGAAAAUAGAAUUAAACCUUAAAAGAAAUUUUUAUAUUAACAAGUGUGUUCAUGAUGAAGAUCCAAAAAUGUGAAUACUUGGUAAAUAAAUCAAAGCGCAGUUAUUUUAAUUCAUUUUAUCAUAAUGAAAAGAAUUGUUGGCGCCAGCAACCAUUUGUCCGAAUAUGAAAAGUAAUGUACUACAUGGAGAAAUUUCAAAUCGAUCAUGCCGUUCCCAUUUUUUGCUUCUUCUUGUAAUUGGAUUGAAAAAACUCUUUCAAUGCAAAUACCAAAAUGAAUGUGUGCUUGCUUGUAGCAGUCAAUUAAAAAACAUUUUAUCAUUUAAUCGAACGCAUUAUGAAAAAUGAAUAAUGCAUUCAUGCUUUUCCCUAGUGGGUUAUUAUUGAUUGUGCAAUAAUAAAUUAAUAAUGCUGGA